UCAGAAAAUACUUUAAGUCUAUGAGGAUUAUAAACAGGAUGUGGACCUUUAAUGUUACAAAAGCGCAGUCUAGUCGGGUAAUGAAAUUGUGUUCACGCCUAUUUUGGUUUUGCCUUCGGAGGCUGCCAUGAGACCGACCACAUGCGAGAGCAUUGUGGACACAGCGAGGCUGUUUAAAAGCUAAUGGAGUUUCCUGGAGGUGCCAGCUUGACGGUAGCGAACACAGGCUUAACAUUUCAUUUAUUAUUUAACUGCUUACACUCACACUCACUGGCACAGAGGCAGCUCUGACUGUCAAGAUGAAGUUCUUUCUUCUGAUGAUUUUCUGCUUGAUCAAUUACCCUGUAGCUAAUUGUCAUCAUCAUAGCAGCAGUGAUUCAGACAGUGAUGAGGUAAGAAAGAAUUCUCAUCACUAUAGCAGUGAGUCUAACAGUGAUGAGACAGGCAAUCGUCGCCCGUUCUUUGUUCCCAAGCCGUUUCCUCCUUGGACUUGGCCAUUUCCUGGUCUGAGGCCGCAGCCACCAUUAGCUACUGUCCCACCUCCACCUCCGCCUCCACCCCCACCUCCCCCUCCACCUCCACCUUCACCGCCACCUCCCAACCCAACCACAACCCGCAGCCCCAGCCCGCAGACCACAGUUGUUGUUGUUACCACCACUAGCCCACGAGGAGACAACAGAUGACCUGUACUGAUCCAAGAGCAGCAAUAACAGAUUGAUUUACUGAGAGAUAUUGAAAUGCAUGAAUGUGUGUGUGUGUGUGUGUGUGGGUGUGUGUGUGUAUUUGCAUAUAUAUAAAUAUAUAUAUAUAUAUAUAUAUAUAUAUAUACAUAUACAUAUACUGUAUGUAUGUUUGUGGUAGUAUUUAACCAUGAUGAAGCCAUGUGUGAACCAGAGUUUCUGACUUUUGUUUUGUCGGCUUGUUUUCACAUUUCAAUAUUGGUUCAGCAACCUUUCCACAGGCUCAUGUAUUUUUUCUUCUGACUCCUUUCCUAAACUUUUCAUAUAAAUUAAUAUGUUAGUCUAUUUUUUAUGUCAUAGUCUAUAUGAAAGUGAAAUGUAAUUUUGUAUUGCGAUUUUCAACAUGUACAUUUUGAGACAGGCAGUUUGUCUGGAUGUCAUUAUGACUUUUGUUGGAGGUUGGUCUCAUGACGGCGGUGGAGACUAGUGUGGGUGGAUGCUGAUGACACGCUGUAAUAUCCACUCAGUGGGCAUACACAUCACCAUCCCUGGAUCAACACAGCUUAAGAAAGGGAUGAGUGCUGAGCAUAUAAUAUCUGUCUCUUUGCUUCAGUGAAGUCGGUCACACUGUACUUUUAUCAUGACUCAGCCCAUUCAUCACACUGAAAUGCACUGUCAACUCUUUGCUGGAUGUGGUAACAUAAACCUUACUGUACAACUGCAUUAACAUUCUCAGAAAUGUGUACCUGUUACUCUCAGUUCCUUUUCAAACAGUGGGUUUUGCAUAGCUUCUCAUUUUGAAUGUAAUCUUUUGUCCUAGUUUAUGUUCAUCAAUGUCAAUUUCAUUUUAAUCAUGCACUGAAUAAUGACUUUUGUACACGUUAUGAUUUGUAUUUGGAGUUUAGAAACAUAAAAUAAAACAUGCUAAUUUUAAGGUCACAUUUAUGUGGUAAAACACAUCUUAAUAGUGUCUGUCUUCCUGUCUGUU